AUGAGCGGCCACAACAUUUCCGAGUCCCACGUCCUGUGUCACUCCGGCCAGCUGUUUCUGCAGCCCGUCUGGGACCGCCUGAGGAGCCGGGAAGCCUUCACCCAGUCUCCCUUCUUCCCGGUCAUCUUCUCCAUCACCACCUACGUGGGCUGCUGCCUGCCCUUCGCGAUUCUGGACGUCCUGUGCCCCUGGGUGCCCGCGCUGCGGGGCUACAAGAUCCAGCCCGACUUCUCGCCAACGGCGCGGCAGCUGCUGCCUUGCCUGGGGCAGACGCUCUACCAACACCUGGUGUUCGUGUUCCCUGCGACGCUGCUGCACUGGGCCAGUGGCCCGGCUCUCCUGCCCCCUGACGCCCCCGAGCUGCUUCAGCUGGUGACCCACGUCGUGUUGUGCCUGCUGCUCUUCGACGCUGAGUUCUUCGUGUGGCACGUGCUGCACCACAAGGUGCCUUGGCUGUACCGGACCUUUCACAAGAUGCACCACAAGAACUCGCCCUCGUUCGCGCUGGCCACGCAGUACAUGAGCUCCUGGGAGCUGUUUUCCUUGGGCUUCUUUGACAUGGUGAACAUCACGCUGCUCCAGUGUCACCCGCUUACCGUCAUGGUCUUCCAUGUGGUCAACAUCUGGCUGUCAGUGGAGGACCAUUCAGGGUAUGAAUUUCCCUGGUCCACGCAUAAGCUGGUACCUUUUGGCUGGUACGGGGGCGUGGCGCACCACGACUUGCAUCACUCUCAGUUUAACUGCAACUUCGCCCCGUACUUCACACACUGGGACAGAUUGCUGGGGACUCUGCAGCCUGCUCAUGCCAAGUGA